GCCCUUCCUUCUCAACACAACAAAGAAAACAAACCAACCAGAAAAAAGUGAAUAGAGAUUAAAGAUUUUGUUAGUUGAAUAUGUCAAUGAAGAAGAACUCGGCAGGAUCAAGUUCCAACUGCGUGUGGGUUGUAAUGGGGUUGAUGGUGCUGAUUGUGUCGCUGCAGUUUGCUCAAGUUGAUUGCCGAAUCCUAAAAUCGACGAUGGCGAGUGUUAAUGCCACCACCACUAGCGGAGGAUGCAAAGGUGGUGAUGGGGCUGAGGAGGCAGCAGGAGGAAUGGCUAGCUUUGCUGUUUCUUCUAACUACAACUCGAGCAGCAGUACGGAUCUUCGUCCUUCUAUGAGGAGCUUGGCGUUUAGAUUGGCCUCUGGACCUAGCAAAAAAGGCCCUGGCCAUUAGCUUAAUGAAUUCCAGCUUCUCUCUCUCUCUCUCUCUCUCUCUCUCUCUCUCUCUCUCUAGAUCUCUCAUUCUUUUGUUGAUAUUUAUACGUUCAUGCUGCACAAAAGUAUGACUUUUUGGAUCUUUUUUUUAAUCCGCCUAGGAUUUGCACACGUAUACCUGUAAUUUUCAGUCUUAGUUCAUCAUACAAUGGCACAAUUACGCAAUCCGUAAAACA